AUGGAGGGCGCCGUGCAUCGAUUCCGGGUCCACCGAAAUAAUUCAAAACCGGAGAGAAUAACCCGACAGGGAAAACCCACCAAUGCCAGCGGUCGAAGGUCCUCUGUGCCGGCGUGUCGCCGUUGUCGCCAACACAAGAAGCGGUGCUCCCGAACUGCCGACGGAUCCUGCGAGCAAUGCCAGGUGGCUUGGGUGCCUUGCUCUUUGAUGGAGGAAUCGGUCAGUCCACAUACGCGUGAGCGUGAAUUGCGAUCACGUAUUGACUGGCUGAGCCGGCUUGUGAAUGAUGCACUUCCCGUUGGUAGAUCGCCGAUCGAGUCUGUCGAGACUGGGCGGGAUAUGGCCUUCCACAGUUCAAUACAGUCUUCAUCGGCCGAGGCGACCAUAGAUAUUGAUUGCAGCGAGAGUGGAUUUGAAGAGAGUCGCACUCCCAAACCUGAAGAGAACGUGUGCCUUUCUGUUGCAGCGAGUCGCAAGUGCUUACAGGCCUAUUUUCGACACGUUCAUCGAAGCUACCCAUUUAUGGAUAGUGAAUUCGUUCUUCAAGAUUUCGAUACCCUUUGCAAUAAAGAGGCAGAUAAUGAUCUUCUCCCUCAAACAGCUGUACCAAACCGCCUCUAUAUGAUAAUGGCUAUCGGUUUUACAACCCUGCAGCGGGCUGGGGAAGCAGAUAAUAUCGACGAGCGAGAUUUACAACCGUGUCUCAAGGGGGUACUCUGUGAGUGUGUCUCUCGAGUGGACGAGCAAUCAGCAGGCACUUUGCUCCUGCUUGGGUUGUAUCUCUUGUUCAAACCCGGCGACCAAGAUCCACGAGCCAUCGCUGGUGUUCUCACCAAUCAUGCUCUGGCGGUCGGACUGAUGAAUGAGUCUCCCAGUUGCCGGGCCCUUUCACCUCGGACACUGGAGCUCCGUCGCCGGCUUGGUUGGUCAGUAUAUGUGUUCACUCGCAUGAUCAGCAUAUCCUAUGGGCUGCCAUUUGCCUUUCCCGACAACAUUAUGAAAGUCCCACUACCGAGCAUCAUGAUUCACGAAUACGGCUCCGAGGAAGGACAUCAGUACGCAAUAGCCUUGCAGGUCAGCCGUCAUGUGAUUUCUCUGCGACAACUCGAGACACGUAUUAUCAAUGCCAUUUAUGAUCCCAACCCCGCUACAAGCCCCCAAGAGCUCCGACUCCAAAUCGAAGACUGGUAUACACAGGGCUGUCUAUUAUCUAGCUCCACUUUGUGCGAACCGGACCAGCUUCCAUUUCAUACCACCAUCACAUGGCUUAAUGUCCGCUAUCAGAACCUACUUCUCUUAUUGUACACUCCUGCACGGGAGGAGUCUGCGACAGAAGAAAAUCUCCCGAAUCUGCAGGGUGCUGCGCAGCAGUACAUCCGGUUGAGCCUUAUACUGCAUGACCACCGGCAUCUGCCCAUGAACUGGAUUACGCUCUGUCGCCUCCUUUCAUUGGCUGCAAUACUUCUCUACUGCACUCGUCAAUGGGCCCCGGCCUUUGAUGAUAUCCCCGAGAUUCCUCUUCUCGCAACCUUGCUUGAAUUCUUUCCAUCCUCCUGGACCGCUGCGCAUGAAGCGUCUCGAAUUCUGCGCCACCUUGCAGAUAUCAUCACAACGCAAAACAGCCCGUUAAUAGCACGAAGCCAAUUGUCUGGGUCUUCUGUGAUAGACACUUCGGGUUUAGAUACUGAAUUGAGGCUACAAUCUGUCCAAGAUGAACUGGAAGCAUUGCUGAGCCAGACGAUGGGUGAGGCAAGCUUCUAUAUCUGGCCAUUGAGGUCAAAGGUUGCGGAGCGAAGGGUUUCGCAUCAAUCCUUUACUAUGGAUGGUUUGGUUGCUGGGCUAGAAAAUGGAAUCCCGAGUAAUCGGGUUAGCAUUGCGAAUGACGGGGCUCUGACCCCAGCAGAGAAUGACAUGGGUGAAAGCCUAUUAGACACGCAGUGGACGAAUCUUUGGGUGAUGUAG